UUUUGUUAGGGAGUCAUCAGUACGCUGUGGUUAAUUGGUUGUCGUAGUUUUUGGAUAAAAAACCGUCGAAAAUUCGGGCCCAUUUCGUGCGGUGAAACCUCAAAUGGCUUGCUUGAAUACGCUCAAGCAGGAGAUAAAAACUCUCGAGUCCGUCUUCCCCAAAAGUCAUGAGAGGUUUCAGAUAAUGUCCGCGAGUGUGGACGAACUCAGUUGCAGGUUUGUCGGUAAAAAUGGAAAGAAGUAUGAAAUUCACGCCAACAUCACAGAAACUUAUCCUUCAACGCCACCCGUAUGGUUUGCGGAAUCUGAGGAGACCAGUGUCACAAAUGCUGUACAAAUUUUAAGCAAUACAACGGGUCGUGACAAUCAUGUAAUAAAUCAGGUAGGAAUUUUAUUGAAAGAAUUAUGUCGUCUACAUUCUAUACCGGAACCACCAGACGUGGAAAGAUUGAGAACUGCUUUGGAUCCUCUUCGUUUGGGAGGUGCUGCAGCAGUUGUGGCACAGCGAAUGGAAGCUGAAGAUACUGAAGAUAUAGAAGAAGAUGAAGAAAGUGAGUCAGAAGAGGAUCUUCAUUUGGAUAUGGACGAAGGAGAGUCAAAUACUAAGAGUAAGGCUGAUGACAUGGAUUUAGAACACUUAGCAACAUUAGAAAGGCUACGACAAAAUCAAAGACAAGAUUAUCUAAGAGGAUCAGUCUCCGGUAGUGUGCAAGCUACUGAUAGAUUAAUGAAAGAAUUGCGUGAUAUUUACAGAAGUGACAGCUUUAAAAAAGGAAUGUACAGCAUAGAAUUGGUAAAUGACAGUUUAUAUGAAUGGAACAUUAGAUUAAUGUGUGUUGAUCCAGAUUCACCGCUUCAUAAAGAUUUAGUACUUUUAAAAGAAAAAGAGGGUAAAGACAGUAUUCUCCUUAACAUGAUGUUUAAAGAAGCAUACCCAUUUGAGCCUCCAUUUGUACGUGUCGUUCAUCCGAUUAUUUCUGGCGGUUAUGUGCUAGUAGGCGGUGCAAUUUGCAUGGAAUUACUCACAAAGCAAGGCUGGAGUUCGGCUUAUACAGUAGAGGCCGUGAUAAUGCAGAUAUCAGCGACGCUAGUGAAGGGCAAGGCUCGUAUCCAAUUUCAAGGUGCUAGCGGAGCUGGUAAAGUUUGUGGUGGACAAGGACAAUAUAGUCUUGCCCGUGCACAACAAUCUUUUAAAUCUCUAGUUCAAAUACAUGAAAAAAAUGGAUGGUUUACACCGCCAAAAGAAGACGGCUAAUGGUUAAAAUAAAAGUGCCGAAAGUUGACGUAAUGUAACGUGCUUAUAGCUGAACUUCAAAAUAAUGGUGUGUGCCCAAUAAAUAACUGUUAUGAUAAUGAUUUGAUACACAAACACAACAUUUAUUAGGUAACUUAAGAAUAUUAAAUUAAUCUUACGCAUAAAUUCCUUGAUUGCUAAAAGGCUGCCGCACAAACAGUCGAGUGUUUUGUUGGUGUGUAUAGAUUUCGAAGUUUAUCUUUUUUAUAAUGGUAACACUUUUGUUAUUUUUAUCUGGUGAAUUGGAUUUGGUACUAAAUUAUUCACUUUCUCUAUAAAAUUUCAAUGAAUUGCGAAAGAAAUAUUUUAUUAAUCUUGGGGUUUGUAAUAAACUUUGUGCUUCCUUUUUUCAUGAUUUUGAAUAGAGAAAAUUUGUCAUGUCGUUUAUUUUAUUAUAUCUUUCAUUUGAAAUCUAUACUCACAUAAUAUUUAUUAUUAUAAGCAUUCAUUUGUUUGAUUAAUUAUCCUAAUUA